AUGAUAAGACUAGCAGUGGCGCUAUUCCUGUUGGGAUGCGCAAGCGCCCAGACAACCAGCACUGCAUGCGUUGGUCAGCCCCAGUACACUUUUGUGGCCCAUGAAACGGACUGCUGGAGGUAUUACACAUGUGUCAAUGAACAGGCUUUCCCGCAAGAGUGCCCGGAACCUUUCAUUUUCGUCCAAGCAACACAGAUGUGUGACUUUGGUGAUCGGAACGCGUGCGUCAACUGUCCCCCGACCGGUAUCCAUAAUCUCCCAGUAACAGGCUCCUGCACACAAUUUAUACAGUGCAUAGAGGGAACGCAGUUCCCGCGCGAAUGUCCACCGGGUACGCAGUUUGAUACCGUCGCAGGCCAGUGUAACAUCGCAUCGGUUGUUGGUUGCGUGGCCCUGGAUUGUCCAGCUGUGGACGACCCGCAAAACCCCGUCAUUAAACCGGAUCCAAAUGACUGUCAGGUGUACUAUAUCUGCAUUGGUGGACAAGGGGUUGAGCAAAAUUGUCCCCCAGGAACGCGGUUCAAUCCGACUCUUCAAGUUUGCGAUCUGGAGGCCAACGUUGUCUGUCCAGCAACACCCGCCCAACUAGGGACCUCGAAUACGUAUCAGUGCCAGAGCAAUCGAGGCAUGACCUUCGAGCCGCUACCGAAUAGCUGCACUGACUACAUAAUGUGUAUUAAUUCGGUUCCCUACGAAAUGUCCUGCGCUCCCGGUAAGUCCUUCGACAGCUUAGCCAGGCUCUGCAUGGAUACCGCGCAGGCCAAAUGUCUGCUCGACACCAAGUUCCUGUGUGCAGCUACGACCGUUGGCAUCAGUACCGUCGCCUAUCCGAACAGUUGCUCCAAGUAUCUGUUGUGUAUCUAUGGUGAAGCGUACGAAAUCGAAUGUCCUUCACACGAGUUGUACGACAGCUUCAAGCGCCGUUGCGUACCGUCGGCAGAAGCACUAUGCUCUAACGGGCCACCCACACUGCCAGAUCUGAAGCCAUUUGCUAAUCCUUGUGCAGAUAACGUCGGGGUUAACAAUGUACCCGAUCCAAGCAACUGUCAACGGUAUUUCAUGUGCAUCAAUACGCAAUUUAGGGAGGUCACCUGCCCCGGUAAUCAGAUCUUUGACAUCUACUCAAGGAGCUGUGGCCCGGUCAUGCACUCAACUUGCAUUCGAGACAUAGAUGCGCCUGCAGCACCAUCACCCCCACCACCACCCCCACCGCCUCCCCAACCAUCACCAUCACCAGCACCCACCCCCGUCAAUCCAAAUAAUCCCUGUCGUAGCAAUAACGGAGUGAGCUACAAACCACACCCAACCGACUGUUCUCGAUACUUCAUGUGCAUGGAUACUCAACCAUUCGAACAAAGGUGUCCAGCAGGUCAAGCGUUUGAUAUCAACACUGAAAACUGUCGUGUACGGCAAGGUGCAACCUGUAUUGUAGAUGUUAGCCCAUGUGCCGACAAUGUCGGUAUUAGCUACAAACCCCACUUGCAGGACUGUGGUCGCUACUACAUGUGUAUGGACACACAAUCCUUUGAGCAAACAUGCCCAUCGGGACAAGUGUUCGAUGUCAAUACAGCUACCUGUGGCUCAACCCAGACAUCUACCUGCAUUCUUGAUCAACAUCCAACUGACCCAACUCCCCCUGUGCCAGCGCCUGUACCCACUAUUCCUACGCCAGUUCCAACUAUCCCAACGCCAGCUCCCACUGUUCCUACGCCAGCUCCAUCGGCUCCCAAUCCGUGUGCAUCGAACACUGGAGUGAAUUAUUUACCGCAUCCUCAGGACUGCACACGAUACUACAUGUGCAUGGACACGACACCUUUUGAACAAACAUGCGGUGCAGGCCAGGUGUUUGACAUCUUUAAGGCUACCUGUGGGCCAACUGGGACUUCCACCUGCAUCCUAGAUCCAAUCAAUCCGGAGGAUGUACCGAAGCCUCCUACGCCACCUCCAAGCAUAAAUCCACUACAAGGAUGUUUGGGUAACGUUGGGAUAAAAAAUGUACCCCAUCCUACUGAUUGCACUAGAUUCUAUCUUUGCGUCGACGAAAUGGCCUUCGAGCAACAGUGUGGACCGAAUUUAGUGUUCGAUAUAGAAUCCGCGCUGUGCGAUCGACCGGAAAAUUCCAUUUGUGUAGAAAACAUUGCCACACCUCCCACGGCUGGACCAGGCGAUGCACCUGCGCCACCGACUCCUCCGACUCCAGCGCCACCCACCAUUCCUACUCCGCCGCUACCUACUGCACCUACUCCUCCAGUGACUGAGGACGAAGCUCCAACGGCUCCCACUGCCGGGCCAGUCACUCCCGCACCUGAAAUCCCCACCGCACCAACUCUUCCCGGCCCAACGCCCGCUCCACCAGGUGAGGUACCUACCGCUCCUACACCAACAUCCGAAGUCCCUACUGCACCCACACCAGCUCCCACAGUUCCAACUCCCGCUCCUACCCUCCCGCCACCGACACAGCCUCCUCCAACACUUCCUCCCCCAACCGUUCCUCCCCCAACCAUUCCUCCACCAGUCCCUACCCCUCCUCCACCACCCACUGGCAACCCACCAACCUGUCCUCCGGGCGAACUGUUCUACUAUCCCCAUCCCGACUGCACACGUUUCUAUCGAUGUGUUUGGGGUACGCUGCACGUCAUGACCUGCCCUCCAAACUUAUUCUGGAACCAGGAGCGUGAGUUCUGCGACCAUCCGUUCAACGUGAACUGUCCUUCACUUGGAUAG